AAGACGUCACAGUUCGACGAUUUAUCGUAUUUUAUGGCAACAAUUUGUCUUAUACCCUCCACAGUCCUCCACAGGGACCACGCUCGUGUGUUUGUGUGUGUGUUUUGUUGAUCAGAUUCCGGAGGUGGUUCCUUUGGCCUCCUUUCAUUCCCUCAACCACUCGACCCCCGACCUACAAGCACACAUGGCCGCCUACGUUCGCUCCUUGGCCCGCAUGGCCACUCGCGCCUCAAAGCCAACUGCUUUGUUUGUCAUUCGCCAGGGUAAAGCUGUCGAAUCAACACCUGUGUCAUCUGUUUUGAUCGCCUACCUGCAUCAACAGCACCGACAUGGCAACCACGACCAAAAAAGUAUUUCGACUAGGACGCUAUAGGGAUACCAAGGCUGACCUUUUUUUCCCAACUCUGUUGGAUUGUAUACGUCUCGAAUAGCACCCGCUGCCCUGGUUGCCCGUCAAUAUCAUGCCUUCCGUCCAACACAGAUCGGUAUGGCUACUAUCAUCUGGUCAACUUACUGCAAUACUGGAUAUCAUCUUCAAUCGGCUACUGACAAUGGUACCAUGCGAAAUCCUCUUAUUCACUUUUUUAGUCUCGAAGGGAAAGAAGCACGCAGUUUUGGACGAGGACGACGAAGAACUCGAGGCUGAGUUGCGGGAACUGGAAAGAGAGAAGCGCGAAUUGGAGGCAUUGGAGCGCGGAGAGUCCCUGGAGGACGGAAAAGGCUCUUCGGAAGUAUCCUCAGCAGCAUCAGCAUCACAAUUCGAGGCCCUCUACGACAACAUCUACACCCAUACCUCGCCCUCAACUCCACAGCAUCAAUUGCCCCGUCACACGGCUAUCUUCCACUUGACCAAGGCAGUGUCGACUAAGGAUCAGGCAGAGCGACUUCCAGAGAUCGUGAAGCAGUGGCGUAAUCGCAGCCUUCCUCUCUCGAUCUUUGUCACCGACAAGCUGAUUCAUGCGAUCUGCAAGGCAGAAGCACCUGAGACCGCACUCGAAUUGCUGGGUGAUCGUGAGACCUAUGGCCUCUCACCAGGUCAGACGACCAUGCGCCGUGUUAUCCGCUCAUUCGUCAAGGAGAUUGCUGCUGCUGGAGCAGAAUCGGACGAGGCGCUUGAGAAGCUGGAUGGCGCGUUCAAGACUAUGGCCUUGAUUCCUUAUUACAACUUGGCUGCCGAUGAUGCAUCCGUCUAUGCCAACUUGGUUCGUGGAUCAUUACUGUAUGGAGGCGAGGAGGGCCUCAGGAGGGCCACGGUCUCGAUGGACGAGUACCUGUUGAUUGACGGAGAGCGUGAGAAGCCCUUGACGCGCAAGAGGGCCGCGGAGAUGGUGGCCGCGGCUGAGAACUUGCUCAAUGCAUAUGUUGCCAAGGGAGAUACGGCCAAGGCUCAGGAACUGCGCAAGCAUGUGGCAACGUGGAUGAAGAGUCUGUGAAGGGUCUACGGAGUACUUUUAUGAGCAUACAUAGGGGGGGGGGAGGAUCUUUCAUUAGAACAAUUUAUUAUUCGAACACAUUAUAGAAUCAAAAACGAUAUGCAUCUUUGAACCAAAGAUGGCUACCUUGCCGUCGCUUUGGUCUCAUUCUUCUUCGGCCAUGUGCACAAUAUGCUCUCAAUUUUUUUGUCAACAACGGAAACGGGAAAAAACA